CUCUUCGCUUAAGAGGGUCCUGGUGACAUCACAUCCUCUCCAAAAAGCUGCACAGCCUCCGAAGGCAAGCGAGAAAGAUCAUCUGUGCUCCGCUGCCUCGUCCCCGAGGAUGACGGACGCAUCUCCUGCGCUGCUCCUCCUGCUCAGCCUGGGGCUCUGCUGCCCUGGAGCCCAGGGCCAGAAGAGCAUGGUGACGGCCAAGUUCUACAACAGCAAGACCACGCACCCCCAGAGUGGAAAGCCCCUGGAGCUGGAAUGUGAGAGUUCUGUAGACAGUGGCGUCUCCUGGAUCCGCCAGGACAAGUCUGGGACCCUUCACUUCAUCGUCUAUAUUUCCACCUUGUCCAAGCCAACCUUUAAGGAGAACCAGAUGAUGCCUUCACAUUUUGGGACGUUCAAGAGUGGCAAAUCCUAUCGGCUGACAGUGAAGUCCUUCAAGGCAGAGGAUGAGGGGACCUAUUUCUGCACCGUCAACUACAACCAACAGCUGUACUUCAGCUCUGGCCUACCCGCCUUCUUCCCAGUCACAACGACAGUGGCACCCGUCAAAACCGUGCCCCCCACCACCCAGGGCAGCCAGGUCACCAAGAGGGACGUCUGCCUGCAGAGCCACGAGGCAGAGACAAGCAAGGAGAAAGAGCUGAAUUUCUUCUGUGAGAUUUUCAUCUGGGUUCCUUUGGCUGCUGCCUGCUUGCUGCUUCUCAUUGCCCUGGUCAUCACCAUCGUGCUGUGCCAAAGUAAAAACCAGGCGACGCAGAUGCAGGUGUAAGAGACCUGCAAACGGGAAGCCCAAAAUGAAUCCCAAGGUGCCAAGCCAGCAGAUAUGAGCACCUGCACCUCUUGGCUUCUGGAUCCCCUUCUGGGAGCAAUUGCCCAUCACCUACACGAUCUGUAUGGCUGCAACUUCUCAUGCACUCUUAUCCUGAGAAAUUUGAAGAGACAAGCGUCCAGAUGGAGCAGGGACACGCGGAAGGCAAGCAGGCACUUCCUCUGUGAACUGCGUGCCAAAGCACAGCUCCUUCCACAACCUGAGGUUCGCAAAGUGAUUCCCAAGGCCAAAUGUUGCCUUUAAUCCCAAUGACAGAGCUGGGGUUCAGGCAGAAGAAACAGGUCAGUCCUGAUGCCAACAUACAGGAUUGUUGGCAGUCCUGAUGCCAACAACAGCCAAAACGCAGCAAAAUUUGAAUUUGCUUUCUUUGGAAAUCACUCUGGAGCCAUCUCAGUUCCUAUACCCUCUUUUUGGGGUGCCAUGCAUCUCCUAGAGUCUCUGUCUAAUACAACACAAGGUCACACUGAGAAAGUAAAUACAAAUUAAUGGGCCUUGCUCUUCAUGGUUUUACAGUCCCGUAAGCUGAAGCUUACUGUUUCCCUCUUGCUGUCCUUGUUCUGCUGCUAGCCCCACUUCCAUGGAUUUCAGCAGUUUUGCCUGAGCACGGAAUGGGAGCUUUUCUUUCUUUCUGGAAUAAAUAGGUUGAGUAGGUAAAAAAUAUAAGUCUUUGCUACUUGUUUUGGUUAAGCAGGGUUUUUAGCAUAACAACCUGGGACAUAUCAACCGAUCUAAAUGAGAGUUCUGGGUUUUUCUAGCUGUGUACUUGGUGUAAAUAUUUCCUUAUGACACUGGCAAAUCAACAACUGGGAUAAAAAUAAAACAGUAUUUCUAGUCAGA